GACUGUCCGGCGGCAUUACGCCCCCACUGUCCGGCGGUAUCACGAAGGUAGGGGUUCAUAUUUCCGAAAGAAUCUACCCGAUGGGGAUCGACGGUGGAACUACUCCCCAAGAAGGGUUACCUACUUCUCCUCGUACCACGGCAGCGAAUCUAAACCAUGGUCAAACAGAUGGGCAGCGACUAGCCCAAGGAGAUUCAGGAACUGCGAAAAGUGGGAUUCAAAUCGAAAGGAAGCCUCAAACCUGCGUUACCACGGACCAAAUCUUGAUGGGUAAGGUAGGGUCUCCGCUCUCAUAGAAAGUAAGGCUUUCAAUUUCAGUUCUUCCGCAGGGUUUGUCCAUAUCUCUGAGUCAAAAAGAGGUAUAUCUCAGACUAUUUGUCUCUAAAUCUGCUGGUAAAUGGUUAAUUGAUAAUCUAGGAAGCCACAGAAAGGGCUGGUCGUUAACCUGGUAUGAGGGGGAUUCCUCUUUAAAUGUUCUUUGGGAUUCCAAUACUUUUGGUUCGUAUAUACGGUUAUCACAGACUAAAGAGGGUUCUCACUCUCAGAUUUUCAUACGCGUGGGUUUGGGAAACAAAGGCAUUCAUCUGUUUCAUAAAGCCCUUAAAUUCUUUGAAAGUUUAAGGAGGAAAUGCAGAGGGAACAAGAUAGACGGGAAGAACAACUCAUAGAUUGGUUCGAGGAGGAAAAGAUAGCGAAAAUUAUCUCAAUCUCCUCAGGACUUAUGGGGAUAGAUAUAGCAAGGGCCACCAAUUAAAGAACGAAUAUGGAACAGGAUAGUGGAAAUCAUCAUCGAAAAAUAAGAAAUAUGAGAGAAAAAUUGGCAUUAUUUUUAUAAAAAGCUCUCUCCCAUGCAGUUUGAGAAUCAUAGUAAUUAAAUUUUUGAAUUUGUCCAUUGGCCAUGAAAAAAUCUUUGGCUUUAUGGGGUUCUUGUCCCCAGUCUGAAAUAGUUAAAACUUUAAAAAUUCGGACUUUGCAGUAUCUGGCUUUUGCAGGAUUCGUAUGGUCAAGGAUGUAUUGGAAACGAGCAGAAUUGGUUGUGGUUAAAAUGGUUUCGUAAAAUUGCUGACUUUUUUUGAAGUUGUCUGGAAUAUAGAAAUGAGAUUUUGGUAAAAUUGUUUCAACGGCUUGGUAGGAAGUAAUGUUUGGAUUUAGUUGAAGGUAUCUUCCUAUAUACAAUGGUAAGAGGGCUUUAGGAACAGUGUUCCCGCCCAUUUCAUCAGCUACAGUACUCGGAAAAUUUGGACCGCACAAUCCAGUAAAAAAAUUUGGCGAAGCUUCCUUCAUACUCAUUUCAUUUUAGUGUACGGAUUCCCAGUCCACAUUGGAUAUUGGACUCCGUAUUCUAGAUGUAGAGAGAGAGAGCGUGUGGAGAAUCCCGCCGGACCAGCAAAGAUUUGAUCUCCCGGAGGCAACUUGAAGACAGUCGGACCCUUGCCUACUACAACAUCUAAAAAGAGUCUACUCUGCAUCUGCUGUUGAGGCUCCGUGGUGGAAUCUCUCUAGGCUUCAGAGCUUUGAACCAUGAGAGGAAGUAAUCAAGAUGUCAUUGAUGCACAUUUUGCUGACAAAACGUAAUAUGACGGCUAAGUGAAUAAUGCACAUGUUUACCUUUACAUGUCUAAUGCACGGACUUGCUAAUCCAAAUUUCACUGCUUCAUAUUCUAACAACUUGGCUUAGAGAAUAAUCUGCAAUGAUUAUUUUAGUAUUUAGUUCAAUAUAACUUCCAUAUUCUGAUAUGAGUUUUUGUUCACUUAAUUAGCUAUUUUCUCUGCAGACCCAUUCUAUUUCAACUCUGCCAUGUUCGUAAGUGUAUUGUGUAAGAGCUCAGUAUGUUUUUCUUUUUAUUAUAAAAUAUAAUUUCAUCAUAUUUAUAUACUGAGCAUAUUCAUAUGAAAGAGGUCAAUUUUAAUACACUGAGUGUUUUUUGAAGCCCGUUCUAAUGAUAAUAUGUUUCUGAACAUGAUCUUCAUGAUCUUUAUGUUGUGUGUUUAUUCCUAUUUGGUACUCAUAACUGUAUGUUUGGUUGUGGGUUUUUAUUGACUGAAAGAAUUGAAUCUUUUGAAUGGUUGAUUCACACUUUUCUAGAAGCAAUGGGUGGGUUGCAUCCUAAGAUUAUUAUGACUGACCAGUCUUUUGCAAUGUCUUCUGCAAUUUCUUCAGUAUUCCCUAAUUCCAAACAUCGUCUAUGUGUAUGGCACAUUUCUGAAAAUUCCAAGAAGCAUAUAAGGGAUUUGAGGAACCAGGAUGGUUUUUUGGAUCUUUUCGAUCAUGUUCUGAAACUUUGUCAUACCAUUCCUGAGUUUGACUAUUACUGGAAUAGGUUGGUUACAGAGUAUUCGUGUAUGAAUAAUGAUUGGUUAAAGAAGCUUUAUAACAUUCGAGAGAAGUGGUGCCCAGCAUUUUCAAAGGAUUUCUUCUCUGCUGGUAUUUUGUCUUCCCAACGUAGUGAGUCAACCAAUCAUGCCUUGUCUAGGAAAGUAAGUGCAACUGCUACUCUAUGUGAUUUUUAUCAUUUCUUCUGUGAAACUGUGAGUGAAUGGCGUAGUCAUGAGAGGAGUGAUAAUGAACGAUGUUGGGAGGGAUUUCCAGAGAUUGCUAUCCCUUAUGUGAGUUUACUCUAUCGAGCCUCAAGAGUCUACACCAUUGAUGCAUACAUGUUAUUUGAGAAGGAAUUUAUCAAAAGCUUGUCUCUUAAACAUGAGAUCAGACAUUCAGAUGGCAGUUCGCUUCGUUAUUUGGUGUAUGUGCCAACUGACAGUGUUUUUCCAUACUUUGUUCUCUAUGAUACUUCCACUGACAGUGCUAGUUGUACGUGCAAACACUUUGAAGAAGCUGGCAUUCUUUGUUCUCAUAUUCUGCGAAUUUAUCACAUUCAUUGUGUUGAAAAUAUCCCAAGUUGUUAUAUUUUGAAACGUUGGUCACGUAAUGCGAAGUCAUUUGAAGAAUCCCAUAUUGCUUCAUGUUCUAGGUUUCCUAUUUUACCUUCUGUUUGGCGCUUACAGAUGCAAAGGAAAGUUCACAAAAUUUUGUCUUCGAGUGAUUCCAAUGAAGUAGCUAGGGCUUUGUGUGAGGAAGCAUUUAACAAGUUGAAAGUCGAUGUUGAAGCUCAUGUUGGCAGCAUUUAUUUUUCUGAUACUGAUUCACCUCAUAAUGGAGAAGUUCAGAUCAGUAAUCCAAAGGGUUCGAGGAAUAAGGGAGAAAGGAAUGUUAGGCGGAAAAGUGUUAGAGAAAAGAAGACUAAUCAAGCUAGAGGCCGAAAACAAGCUGUCCACCGGAGUGCUUCUACAUGUUGUGCAGAACUUCCAAGUUCAAUGGCUUGUUCUUCAUUGUUAGAUACAUGAAUUAUGAUUUGUUCACUUUUUACCUUAAAUGUUUAAAUGUUUGAGUAUACCAGGGUGGAAAUAUUUAUCGGCAAUGAAUUGGAAAUGUUCACUUUGGAGUUAUUUUGAGUUUUGAAAAAGUUUAUAGGCAAUGAGUUGGCAUUGGUUUUGUU